GUGAAGGAGGGCGUGGCUAACUUGACUCGUGGAUCCUUCCGCCCGCUCUGGCUGUGCUGAGGCUGGGGAAACCGCCAUUUUGGAUGUUGAGCGGUGUUACGGAAGUCGGUCUUGGAGGUUUUCACGCCUGAGUUCGGACAGGAAGAACGGCACAGUAUGCUGGGCUCUGGAUUUAAAGCUGAGCGUUUACGUGUCAAUUUGAGAUUAGUCAUAAACCGGCUCAAACUACUGGAGAAAAAAAAAACGGAACUGGCUCAGAAAGCAAGGAAGGAGAUUGCUGAUUAUCUGGCCGCUGGGAAGGAUGAGCGAGCACGGAUCCGAGUGGAGCACAUUAUCCGGGAAGACUACCUCGUGGAGGCCAUGGAGAUCCUAGAGCUAUACUGUGACUUGCUGCUGGCUCGGUUUGGCCUCAUUCAGUCUAUGAAAGAGCUAGAUUCUGGUCUGGCUGAAUCUGUGUCUACACUGAUCUGGGCUGCCCCUCGACUCCAGUCAGAAGUGGCAGAGUUGAAAAUAGUUGCUGAUCAGCUCUGUGCCAAGUAUAGCAAAGAAUAUGGCAAGUUAUGUAGGACCAACCAGAUUGGAACUGUUAAUGACAGGCUAAUGCACAAACUGAGUGUGGAAGCCCCACCCAAAAUCCUAGUAGAGAGAUACCUGAUUGAAAUUGCCAAGAAUUACAAUGUACCCUAUGAACCUGAUUCUGUGGUCAUGGCAGAAGCUCCUCCUGGGGUAGAAACAGAUCUUAUUGAUGUUGGAUUCACAGAUGAUGUGAAGAAAGGUGGCCCUGGAAGAGGAGGCGGUGGUGGGUUCACAGCACCUGUUGGUGGACCUGAUGGAACAGUGCCAAUGCCAAUGCCAGUGCCCAUGCCACCUCCAAAUCCUCCUUUCUCAUGUCCAUUGCCAAAGGGACCUUCAGAUUUUAAUGGAUUGCCAGUGGGGACUUACCAGGCCUUUCCAAAUAUUCAUCCACCUCAGAUACCAGCUACUCCCCCAGCAUAUGAAUCUGUUGAUGACAUUAAUGCUGAUAAGAAUGUCUCUUCUACACAGAUUGUUGGUCCUGGACCCAAGCCCACAAUCUCUGCAAAGGCCCCUCCCAGACCUGUGGACAACUACAACUUUGUACUGCCAGAGUUGCCAUCUGUGCCAGACACGCUACCGACUGCAUCUGCUGGUGGCAGCACCUCAGCAUCUGAGGACAUUGACUUUGAUGAUCUUUCCCGGAGAUUUGAAGAGCUGAAAAAGAAAACAUAGGUCUCUUAAACUAGGUAACCUCCAACUUCUGGGAGUUGAAACUGAGCAGUUUCUCCUUGUACACAAAGAAUCUCCAUGAAGUUCCGUUUUUUCUGUUAACCAUCACUGAACACACUCUUUUGGGGGGGUUUUCCUAUUCUACCAAAUCCUGUUGCUUCCCAGUUCUCUACUGAUCCUAAGAGACUAACAACUGGACACUCUGAGGCCAGAGCAGCAGGCUCCUGGCACCUGUGCCUGUCUGUUUCCGGUUAGAGGGAUUCCAGGUUCUGUUGUGACCUAGCCCUCUCCAGGACCCUCCCCAGGAGAAUGAGAAGACGAAGCAUUGUGGCGAGAGCUGCCAGAGAUGGCCGAAGAGAGAAGAGCACCUCAUUCACUAUCUUAGGCUGUGUUGAAGUUCCAGACUUGGAAACAAAUCCCUCUGUAUAGGGGGAUUGUGGUGAGACACAAGGCCAUGGUGUGUUUUCUAACUCUUAACACGAGUAAGAGAGAAAAUGGUUCAGGAAGUCAUAGUAACAGUUCCUAGAGGCUGGGCCCUCUCCUUGACAUAUACACUACUCACUGCAGGGCACUGUUCCACCGGGAUCCAGUUGCAAAGUUUAUUUGGAAAAAGUUGAAGGCCUCUCUUCGUUCUACUGGAUUCUCAGGGAGCCCUCUGUGGCCUUUUGCUUUAUUUUGAAUGCUCUGUUUCUCUUACCAGAAGGCAGCACCAUAGAAAUUUAUUUUUCCCCAUAGCAUGUUACUAGCAAAUGAAGGGGACAGGUAACAUAUUGGGUAGAAGUUGCUAUUCAAACCUACAGUGAGGUUCCAGCUGCCUUAAUAGAAAUACUCGAGUCUCUUGGGUAGUGAGCUGGAAAACCUACAGAAGAGGGGUACCUGUUUUCAUUUGAAAACUUUAAAAAUAGAUCUCAAAUUUUUAGUGCCCAUGUGGCUGUUAAUUCACUGCUUUCCUGGGUGGAUGGGACUCUUCCUAUUGUAACUCAUGUGCUCCUUUGUCCCCAAGCUAAGGCCAUCAUUCCCCACAAAGUUGGCUUUGGGUUUGGAAGACAAAAUUUUUACUUCUGUGUAGUGUAUCUGUCACAUACCCGUUUCAAGCAACUUUUAAUGGUUUUGGUUGGUUUGUAUCUUGUAGCUUAGGAGCUGCUAAUAAAGUUCCGCUGUUGGUCAAAUGAUAAAGUAUGAAUAUAGAUUUUAGUGGAGAAUAUUUUAAGCAAGCAACUCACAUUGGUGCACAAGCCAGAGCCAGCCUCCAGUUUCAGCUCCCCUAGUAAUGCAGACACAUACAGCCCUUCAGGUUUCUCUCUGAAUUUAAGCCCAGGUAGCAUCUGUGAGUUUGUUGGUUGCUUGUCUGUGACGGGACUCCCUAUCACCCAAGCCUUCUGAUUGUAUCUUUAUUUUUAGUAAAUUAUAAUGAACUCACUUGUGACUCAUUAAUUUCCCAUAGCCUUCCUGGGGCAUGGAUGAUGAGUAUCCUGUCGCUUGCUACUUGGCAGCAGAGCUGGUUUAUCACUGUUGUUAUUUUUACAGUAUUAUUCCUUUCCUGACUGUGCCAAGAUCUACAAGCAAGAACUUAGAGCUAAGGGAAUAUUGAUUCCUUGGUAACUUACAGAAUUAAGACAGUUUUAGGGCUGGGGAUUUAGCUCAGUGUUUCCAGCGCCUGCCUUGCAAGCGCAAGGUCCCGAGUUCGAUCCCUGGUACCAAAAAAUAACCCCCCCCCCCCAAAAAAAGACAAAGUUUUAAAUGCAUCUGUAAGUAAUUUCAUUAACUAUGCCAUGUAAAGAUAAGUGAUACUAUAGUAGGAAGAAGUAAACCAAGAUAGAAGGUGAACUAUCUCAAUCCUGUUACCUCUUAAGACUUUAGUGUCAUUGGUUAUUGCUGUCCUGGCUGAUUCUCAGAUGAGGGGUUCUAGGGCUGCCUGAUUCCUAACAAAUUUGAGUGCUUUUGUAGCAACAUAUUUGUCAGUACACCUUCUUUCUGAGAAUUUUGAAGACAAAAGGAGAAAAGAGAAAAUUGAGAUUGUUGCUAAUUUUAGAGUAAAAAAUGUACUAAAAAAAUAGGACAUAGUUAAGUGAAUAGUGCAUAGUAAAGACACUACUUCUUUAAUGAUGUACUUUUAUGUGGCAUAUUACUACUUAAUGGUCAAGAGCCAGCUAUAUAUUAGACAGUGGCUACUGAUCAUAAUGUCCUGGCAAGUUGGGUUUCCUAAGAAAAUGGUUGGCAGGGUUGGCAGAACUCUUGCGACUAAACAUAAGGCACAGAAUCAGAACUGGUAUAGUCUGUAAUCUUUUUUUUUUUGUACCGGGGAUCGAACUCGGGACCUUAUGCUUGCGAGGCAGGCAGCAGAACCACUGAGCUAAAAGCCCUGGCCCUUAAGUCUGUAAUCUUAAAAGCAGUUACAGUUAAGCUUUUCCAGUGGUACAAAAUCAUGAUAGUUUAUUUUGUAGUUACUGAGCAAGAGUUGCUCACCUUAAGGGAGGAACUUUCUUUUCCAAAGGCCAUGAGAAUGGCCGAAACAAAAAGAUUAAUGAUCACAAGAACCAUAAGUGAUGUGACACUGGUGAGGAUCAGGAAGGAGCUGAGUGACUGACAGUUGAGUUUCUACCUCACAGACAAGCUAUGUGCUACAUAUGGUACAUGUUCUUGAGCCAACAUUUGUUAGAAAGUAGGAAGAGGUGCCAAAAGAUACUAAAUUUUAAGUGGACAUACAAGAAAGAAUGACCGAAUCUAAAGAUACUAAAGUAUUUUGACCUCACAGCUUUUACAGGAAGAAAACAAUUGAAUUGUAGUGGAAUUGUAAGUUACUCAAAUUCCAUCUGAGUUUUGGCAGUUCUGGAAAAUAUGUCUGAACAUGGAAGCCUCGGGUCUUGCAAACACACCUGGAAAUAAUCCACACCAGAAGUGAUCAUGAAAACCACCUCUGCCACCAUGAGAAGUUUCUCUGAACACAGGAGGGUUCCAAUUAAAACAAAACCACACAGAAA